UUGAACGGCGAUUGCGUUAGAUUUCUGCAAUAAGUUGGGUUGAUUUGACUGAAAACAUUCUCGCAAAUGAAUUGUGUAUGCGGCCGACAUUUUGUCUCAGGAAGAGCAGCGAAAAGUUGGGACAAAUACAAUGUUGACUGGCUGCCGACUUUAAACUUGGGCCAUAAAAAGAACGUGGAGAAACGAAAUAUAGAACAAGUUUCACAAAGAGGACAGAGAGCUAAUGAUAAAGAAAAGAAAUGAAAGGAGUAUGAAGAGAGGGAACACAAGCUUGCAGAGGAAAUCGCAGCAAAGAAGCUUUGAUUAAAUGAAGCGGGUGAACAGGUAUCAGAUAUUUCCUUUGCCAAAGAACUUCCAAAGUAUGUUGAUUCUAGUACACAAACAGAGGAGUUUGACAAUUUAGUAGCUGCUGUGCCACCACAGUGACCAUUUUGUGAGGAAGAAUUUUGCAAUGAUGACAAGAGGGUAAAGUUUUACACCGGAUUACCUUCGCUUGACACGUUAAAAGUUAUUUUUCUUCGCAUUGUUCCCUUUGUUACUCGUAAGCCCCAACAUUUGACUCCCUUUCAAGAAUUUGUAAUGAUUUUGAUGAAGCUAAGACUUAAUAUGCCUUUGGAAGAUCUCUCCUACCGAUGUAAUGUGUCGGUUUCUACUGUGUCAAGAACAUUUCAGGCGUGGAUGAUUGUGAUGGAUGUAAGGCUGAAGCCCUUUAUUAAGUGGCCAGAACAUGAAGAACUCUGGCGUACCAUGCCUCAAUGUUUUCAAUACUCAUUUGGCAAAAAGACUAAGGUAAUUAUCGAUUGCUUUGAAGUGUUUAUCGACCGACCGUCGAACCUACUGGCACAAGCAAAGACCUUCUCAAACUACAAGCACCACAACACUGUGAAGGUCUUGAUAGGUAUUACUCCACAGGCAACUAUUUCAUUUAUCUCAAAAGCCUGGGGAGGGAGAACUUCCGAUAAGUUCUUAACAGACAAUUGUGGCAUACUAGACAAGCUACUACCUGGUGACCUUGUUCUGGUAGAUCGGGGGUUUACCAUACAAGAAUCCCUUAUGUUUAAGCAGGCUCAGUUGGCAAUUCCUGCCUUCACACGUGGUAAAGACCAACUAGACCCAGUGGAUAUCGAGGCAACCAGGGGCAUCGCUAAUGUGCCUAUCCAUGUGGAGCGGGUCAUUGGUCUCCUUCAACGGAAGUAUACUAUUUUAAGUGGAACCCUUCCAAUUGAUUUUCUGAUGUGCGACCCUAAUGGAUCACAAGAAGAAUCAACUCCUAUGAUUGACCGAAUAAUAAGU